AUGGAGGAGCGCCGCUCGAUCUCUUCGCUGUUCAGCUCGCGCCGCAAGUCGUCGGCCCGCCCGACGCCGACGCUGGUGGUCAGCGACGAGCUUCAGCAGGAGUCGGCGGCCAGCGGUCACUCGGCGGGGCCCGACGCCAGCCGCAACGGUAGCGUGCUGGGCAGCCCGACCCUGGCGCGGCCCGACACCCGGCACGGCCAGCCCGCCGGCAAAGACGGCGGCAAAGAGCCCGGCCCCGAAAACCGCUGUAUGAAGCUUCGGAAAAUUAUAUUUUCCAAACGGACCAGCAAGGUUCUUUGUGGUCUGAUCAUCACAGCAUGCAUCACAUUAUCGUGGGUUGGUGCCAUCCACUUCAUCAAGAUGACCUACUACGGGGGAGAGGUGCCACAGCUCCCCAACAGCACCAACGACAUUUUUCGAGUGCUCCAUCAGGCGGGCGGCAUCGUGGACGCGUUCGUGGUGCACGUGUCGGCCCAGACGGGGGACGUGUUCGUGCAGCUGGACACGGCCGACGCGCACGAGGCGUCUGUCCUGUUCGUGGACUACGGCAAACGUCGGUGGUGCCGCUCUCGGAGCUGCGCGCGCUGCCGGCCCACGCUGCGACACCCGGCCCAGGCGCUGACCGUCCGGCUGAGCGGCGUCCAGAUGACCGACGGCGCUGCGCUCCGGCUCACGGAGAUGGUGCCGAGGGACGGCACACGGGUGGUGCUCCGCGUGACCUCCAAUCCGGCCGCCGGCGUCCCCGAGGUUGAGGCGUAUAAGAGGCUGGAGAACAACGAGCUGGUCUCCAUCAACGCCACGCUCGCCGUCGAGGCGCACAUGUCCAGCCGGGCGGACCGCGUCUCCCGACAGUCUUCCACGGCUUCGGGGCGGCGGCGGCGCCGUCCGUCUCUCGCCAGUCCUCGACGGCUCGCUGCCGGCGGGCGGCUCCUGCUGCAGCCCGUCGAGCAAUACCGCGUACAGCGCGACGGUGACGGCUACCUCGACGUCACCGUCUCCUUCUGCUCCAGUCCCUGGAACAUAUACGUUCAGCCUUACCUGGAGGGCGGCAAGCUGCGUGCCCUCAUGCACGCCAUGCAGGAGCACUACAGCCAGCCGGUGAACGUGCAGCCGCUGCGGCCGGACGCUGUGGCCGGCGGCCAGUUCUGCGCCGUCAAAAACCCGGAGGACGAGCUGUGGUACAGUGUGCGCAGCCGCAACCAGGAGUCGUGCGCGCUGUCUCGCUCGAACAUGAGCGCUCGCCGGACCAAGUCAUCGGACCGAGGGAAGUUGUGA